UAGACAGAAAGAAAGAAAGAAAGAAAAAGGUUAAUAAAGAAAGAAGUGCGCUCUUUGCUGCUUACUCUCUCCUCUGAGAGCCUCUCGCCGGUUUUCCAAACACUAAAAAGCUUUGAUACAUCAGAACCCAGAUUGUCAUUUUCCAGUUUGAAGUAUUGUUUGUGAACUUUGCCGGCAGUGAGAAUCUAACAGAGCUCAAAACGGGUGCACUCUGUUGUAUUGUGGCCUCAAGGCCACUGGUUACUAUCAAAUCAUCACCAUCCCGCAGGGGAAGGGAUAUUCCUUCAUUGAGUCAAGAUGAUACCCUGCAAUGGCGGACUAAUUUCAGCUUCUCACCUGCUGGAUAUACUAGAGACGGUUUGGAAGAUAAUAUGAGCGAUGAGGGUCACGGUUUUGAAUUGUACUCAAGCACCACCAGACAGAGAAAAAGUCUGGAGUUCAGAUUUCAGCAGUCGCCAAGAUGGGCUUCAACAUCGUCUGCUUCUGGUGGGAAUGAACAGAAACCCUGCAUUGUUAAUAGCGUACCAACAAGACCAACUAGCUCAAAUCCUCAAUGCUUGAAAGAGGAGAAUGGUUUUGAUAGAGAAAGUACAGCCAUCUCAACGAGUUUUAGGUCUUUGCUGUCUCUCUCUGAGUCGUCUGCCCCUUGGGAGACUCCAAGCAAGCAGCCUUUCAACCUUACUCACUGCUCUUACUCUCAAGUCUUCUGCAACCCGGUUUCAGAUAUAGAGAAUCCUGAACCUGAUAAUAACCAAGACGACUCAUCCACAAAUCCUGACUCCAGUCUUCUGAUGUCCAUGAGAAACCAUCAAGGCUCAGCGGUAGAUGAAGCAUCAUCAAACUCAAAUAGCAAUGACAUGUUGUUGGAUGUAGAAAGAUCCAAUCAAACAGAAGUCGAAAACCCAAAAUCCAACGAACCAGAUUCACCAACACAAGAUAGAUGCGGGGUUUGCAAGAAGCUUUUAUCUCAGAAAUCUCCAUGGUGCCCAUACAAGAUACUGAGAUCCAGAGACAUGCCAGCAGCUGGUGUUUUCCCCUGCCACCACGUCUACCAUGUUGAAUGUCUAGAUAAAGUGACUCCAACGGCUCAAACCCGAGACCCACUUUGUCCUGUUUGCUCAAACACCAUCGGAACAAUGGAGCAGCCGCUGAUAGCCCCUGAAACAUUGCAAAUGGCCCUGAGAUCUCUAAGAAGAAGCCACACAGCUCUAAGGUCAGAGACAGUAACGCCAACUUGCAACAACAACAAUCAAAGAAGACACAUUAAGAGAAGAAGUCAGAGAUGGGAAAAAAUCAGCUGCUGUCUGAAUAUAAGCUUCUUAUCUUCCUAGAAUCCAACAUGACUUGAUUUUAUUAGGUUCUUCUAUAUAACUCUUUACUUGCAUCUAAUCGUUGUUUUAACCUCUGAGAGUGUUUAGGAAACUAUAAACAGAAGCAAUAGACUUUGUACUCUGUAUUGCAGGCUACAAAGAAUUACAAAUUACAAGUUAAUUAGGAACAACAAGUAUUUGUAAUCA